UAACGUUUCUUGCUGUGCCGCGUCAAGCCUCAAAAUUCUGCAACACCUCCCUCCCUCCCUCUCUCUCUCUGCAACCAUGACUGCCACGAUGGGUCCACCGCCUCCCAGGAACCCUAACCCCUCGACCGAACCCGAGUCGAUAGCCCAAGAAGAAUCCGAACCCAGAACAGCCAAAACCACGAUGGGUCCUCCGCCACCUCUUCCCAUAAACCCUAACCCCUCGACCGAACCCGAGUCGAUAGCCCCAGAAGAAUCCGAACUCAUAACAGCCAAAACCACGAUGGGUCCUCCGCCACCUCUUCCCAUAAACCCUAACCUGCAAAAUCCCCUAGACGAAGAAGAACCAUCGAACUCAAAGUCAGAACCAAAUUCAACUGAAAAGCCCUUAAAUCCAAAGCAAUCUUCUGUGCCUUACACAAUCCCUCCGUGGAGUGGACCUCCUUGUCACCAUUUCUUCCUCGAGGUGCUUAAAGAUGGCUGCAUCCUCGACCGAUUUAAAGUGUUUGAGAAGGGAGCUUAUAUGUUUGGGCGUAUUGAUCUCUGUGAUUUUGUGCUUGAGCAUCCCACUAUUUCGCGGUUUCAUGCUGUGCUUCAGUUUAGGAGCAGUGGCGAGGCCUAUCUUUAUGAUCUUGGCAGUACACAUGGCACUUUUAUCAAUAAAAGUCAGGUGACCAAAAAGACUUAUGUGGACUUACGUGUGGGUGAUGUCAUUCGGUUUGGCCACUCAACUCGUUUGUAUAUUUUCCAAGGGCCUUCGGAGUUGAUGCCACCGGAAAAAGACUUGAAAGUCAUAAGAGAAGCUAAGAUCCGAGAAGAGAUGUUAGACCGGGAAGCUUCACUUAGACGAGCAAGAGCAGAAGCAUCUCUUUCUGAUGGUAUCUCAUGGGGCAUGGGAGAGGAUGCUAUUGAAGAAGCAGAGGAUGAUGCUGAUGAAGUGACUUGGCAAACCUACAAAGGACAGCUUACAGAGAAGCAGGAAAAAACCCGUGAUAAGAUAAUAAAAAGGACUGAAAAGAUUGCUCAUAUGAAGAAAGAGAUAGAUGCAAUACGAGCCAAAGAUAUUGCACAAGGUGGGUUGACACAAGGCCAGCAAACUCAGAUUGCUAGGAAUGAACAAAGAAUAACACAGGUACUGGAGGAGCUUGAAAGCUUGGAAGAGACUUUAAACGAAAGUAUCCGUGAAAGCAUAGGUGCACGUGGUGGAACAACUCGUGGUAAGCGAAAAGGAGGGCCAGAGGAUGAUGAAGAAGACAUUUCAAGUGAUGAUGAUGAAUUCUAUGACCGGACAAAGAAGAAACCAACUGUGCAGAAAGUUGGUGAAACACAGUCUAUUGAAACUGCUGAUAGUCUUCUUGAUAAGAGAGAUGCCAUUACCAAAGAAAUUGAAGAAAAAAAAGAGUUGCUGUUGACUGAGAAGAACAAAAUGACCUCAGAUACUGGUUUAGAAACUGAAGCUGGAGAUGCACUUGAUGCUUACAUGUCUGGGCUUUCAUCCCAGUUAGUGCUUGAUAGGACAGUGCAAAUUGAGAAGGAACUCUCUGCCCUUCAGUCCGAGUUGGAUCGGAUCUUCUACCUGUUGAAGAUUGCUGAUCCAACGGGGGAAGCUGCUAAGAAAAGGGAUAUGAAGGCACAAGUACCAGCACCUGACAGACCUAGACCUCCUGCGGCUGCUGUCCGGAAGCAGAUUGCAAAGGAACCCAAAAAAAUCAGUUCAGCUACAGAACCAGCAAAUUCUCCUGUGCAGAAAGAGGGAGUUGCAGAUGUCUCUAUGGAAUCAAGAAAGAAACCAGAAGAGAAUGUUGUUAGUGAUACAUCCGAGGGGGAAAAGGCUAUCUAUACCGUUGCAAAGCCCCAAUGGCUUGGUGCUGUUGAGAACAAGGAGAUUAAAGAGUCAAAUCAAGUAAUAGUAGUAGAUACACAUAAAGUUGACGACUUUGUUGACUAUAAAGAUAGGAAGAAAGUACUUGGGAGUGCUGACAAUCCACAGGUUAAAGAGCCAUCAGGAAUUGAAGCUACUGCCUCCGGUCUGAUUAUAAGAACACAGAAACAGGUUGAGAAGCCUGAAGCUGGUGAUAAACCCUCUGAUCAAUCUACGACACCCUCUACGGGAGCUGAAGAAAUUGCACAGAAUGCUGUGGCACUGUUGCUGAAGCACACUAGAGGGUACCAUGCAGACGAAGAGGAAUUGAAUGAAACCCCUGAUAUGUCGGCCAGAAAUCAAUCUAAGAAGAAAGAGAAAAAGCCAAAACGAGUGCUUGGUCCUGAAAAGCCUUCAUUUCUUGAUAGCAAUCCAGAUCCAGAGUACGAAACGUGGGUUCCUCCUGAAGGGCAAUCCGGUGAUGGGAGAACAACGUUGAAUGAUCGAUAUGGGUACUGACUCUCAUGCUUGUCCUAUAAUGUUCGAGUUGGAGGUGCAACAUUGUUGCUUGAGUCAUUCAUGGCAUUGAAAUUAUGGUUGGCAUUACCCAGCACCUCUGCAUGUGGGAUUCUGUUGACUUGAACGGGAUGAAUUUUGAUGUCCAUGGAAGAAGCUUGAGUCAUUGGUGGGAACUCUUUAUAGGGAAAAUGAGUAGCAAAGAACCGAAAUUGGAGCGACAGUUGGUACAAAAGAAAGGAGAGAAAAUCACGUAAAAGUAGUAUAAGUUUAAUGUAUGUACAGAAAGAUGUAGCAUGUGCCAACGUUGUCCAAUAGAAAGUUCUGAUAUGCGUUUGUAGUUGAAAUUCUGCCCUGAAUAACCAUGGCUCAUUAUUCUCCAUCAUCUCCUGCCAGCCUCACCAAACUACCUUCUUUCAGACUUGCCAAUUUUCUAAUGAUAUUGAUAUAUUAAUAUAAAUACCCAAAUUUGUUAUGA